CGCACGGUCCGCUGGCUGGCAUCAUUAAAUUAUCUGUCAGUGUUUACGUCGAAGCAACACGUGAAACGACUCCUCCACCACCGUCGCCGUCUCCGACGUUCGCUCCACGGUCUACCACCCCCGGUGCGAGUUGAGCCACCCCUCGCCACUUGCCCGGAUCCAGCGGAAUGUACUUAAGCGAUAGGAAGGUGCACGCGUCGAUUGGUCGGGCAAACCCCGGGUCGAUGGUGAGAGGGGGCGCCGGGUCUUUCGCGAGGCUCGUAGUGUCGCUCUGACCACCGUCGCGGCUGGAUUUGUUCCUCGUCGUCCUAAACUUGGUGCAGCGGGGAGAUCGCGGGGUCGUUACACCGGGGAAUCGACACCACGAAGCGGUGCGUGUGCAACCAGCGAGGGUCGACGAGGAGCGGUAGGCAGUAGUGGUAGUACGUCACGGGGUGGUGUGUCAGCGAGUAGAUUACAGUCGGACCGUGAAUGCGGCCGUGUUAACAAACCCUUGGAGUCAACAGCGCCCCGUGGCCGACAAUUCUACGAGAUGAGAAGGCAAUCGUACUGUCCGAGCUCGAGCAGCGGAAGCACCGGUGAGCCGCUGAUUGUCGUCGAAGAAGAAGCGGAGCGCUGUCGCGCAGAAUCACCGCCACGAUGUGUCGACCCAGACUCACCAUCCUUGAAUCCUUAUCUGCUCUCACCAUGGAGGGAUGCCAGGAAGCACUCUUUGCCGACGCCACAAUGUACAUCCGGGAUAACCGCAUCCCAGGUGCGACGGUUGAGCGAACGCGGCGGAGAAGGUUCCGGUCCAUCAGCGAGGGAGGCUGCUUUCCUGGCGACGCUCUCACAAACCCCGGCACCGACGGCCGGCGGCCGGCGGCACUCUGUCGUCACGAUCUCCAGGGUGCCGACCACCCUCUUCGGGCGCAAUCGUCGCGAAUCCAUCGCUGCUUUUCCUAUGGGAGGCGCCACCAGGAUAUUACAGAGCCGGCGAGACUCGUCCACUGGGAUGACCGGCCCGCCCAGCAACAGUGGAAGCACUCACAAUCUACAGCUCGAUAUUAUGGACGAUAUUGCCGAGAUAAAAGCCAGGAAGGUCCGUUUAAAGAUGUACAAGACACCGUCUCGCGAGCGCGUAUGCGAGAUCCAGCCUCUGGAGGGCAACAGCAGUUCUACCACUCAGAAAUACAUACAACAUCAGAAACGCCGGUUCUCCGAGUUCUCGGCAUCGGUAGCAGCAUCAACGUCAGCUUUACGUAGACGCGCGUCCGAGAUGACGAGGCCGCUCUCCGAUAUCGAGUUACCCGGAACGUCAAGAGUAGCUGCGGCAGGUAUUACAUGUUCCAACACAGAUCUGAUAUCCAUCUUGAGUUCCCUGACAUCGUCCGCGACGGAGAUAAAUACGUGCGGCACGUCGGAAGCAUCGAGCGCGAAGGACGAGCAGAAAUCGAGUUGGUCAGCCAAAACGGCGGAGCAGAGGCGUAGUCGACUCAAGAGUUCUCGAUCCAACAGCUUCGACGUCUCCAUCCUGCACAGUACUAAGAGCAAGACACCAACUAGCAGUGGUAAGAGCAUUGGUGCGUUUAUAACGCCAAGCACCUGGUUCGCCAAAAGGCAUCAGCCUAUCUCGAAGAAGAAUCGAUAUGACGAGGAGAGCGCGAUGACGUUCAAGCUGGAUAAGUCGCGGAUGAUUAAAACUGUCAAGGACACGCUCGUGAAGAACGCUAGGCAUAAGGUCCUCUGGGACGACAGUAGUGGUACCAAAGUGGAUGCUCAGGUGCUUGGUAAUGCCAUCGAGAAGAUUCUCACCUCGGGCCACAGAGGAAACGAUGCGGAAGCUUCGGGUAGUUCAUCUGGAAAGGCAUCCGUAUCGCCGAACAAGUCACGUGUCAGUAAGGUCGCCGGUUGGUUCACGAGCGGGAACAAGGAGCAGGAACAAUCGGACUGCGACUCGAUCUGCUCCACCCUAAAGGACCUCUUCGUCAAGUAGUGUACCAUCGCCGGACUAUCUCUCGCGAUUACGACGAUUUAUAUGUUUUGUUGGUAAACAAGAUCCACUGAAUCAAUAGUACAAGUUAUUUGCUGCACUGCCGCAAUUUAUUUAUUUGAUUUCUUUUUUGCCGAAUAAGUUCGACAUUCCGAACUAAGUCUCGCGCAAAUCAGAUCCGUGUUGGAAUGGUUCUCUUGUUUACUCUCUUAAAUUGAGAAGAGUGGAGAAAGAUCGGAGAAAGUAAGAGGGAAGGAAGAUCAAAGCGGCGAAAGAUUGCGAGUUGAUCGAAAAUGUUGCAGUCAUUUUUUUUUUACGUAUUUUUUUCGUGGUAAAAUUCAACGUACUAUUUCACGAGUCUAUCUUUUAUGAAGUACGUUCAGAUGUUUACAAUUCCUUCUCAUAUACUCCAAGUUUUUUUAUUGAAAUGAUCACCUGAGAUGUCUUUACGUUUUAACGGUACAAAAAUGUGAAUUAUAAAAUAUUGUUUUAUGUAUA